GGGCCGCGGUCGGCAGGAGGUGCGUCAGCGGCCGCCGGCGGGCAGGGAGGGUGCUUCCGGAGGCGGGAGGUCAUAGCGUGGAGCAGCGCGCCGCUGCCCCUUGCUGUGGCGGUCAGUGGUAGCGGAGGGAGCGGUGGAGGCCGGCGGGACGAGUCUGCGUGCGCGCUGCGGGGAAGGUACCGCCCGGCUCCGCCAUGUCCUACUGCAGGCAAGAAGGAAAAGACAGAAUCAUAUUUGCUACCAAGGAGGACCAUGAGACACCGAGCAGUGCUGAGCUGGUUGCAGAUGACCCAGAUGACCCUUAUGAAGAACAAGGAUUGAUACUGCCCAAUGGAGAUAUCAAUUGGAAUUGCCCGUGUCUGGGUGGAAUGGCUAGUGGUCCCUGUGGGGAACAGUUCAAGUCAGCCUUCUCUUGUUUCCACUACAGCACAGAAGAAAUAAAGGGAUCAGACUGUGUGGACCAAUUCCGUGCCAUGCAGGAAUGCAUGCAAAAAUACCCAGAUCUUUACCCUCAAGAGGAUGAAACCGAGGAGAAGGAGAAGUCAAGCAAAGAUUUGGAAGCUGCUUCUAUGGAGGCUGCUGCUGCCAAAGAGGAGAAGGGAUCUAGCUAAUGAAGAUGCAAGGAGGCUGUUGUCUCCAUUUCUCAUUUUCAGAGACAUGGACUUUUGCAGUAUGUCUGUCUUCUGAGUCGCCAAGAAAUGUCUCACCAUUGUCUUAGACACUGUAUCAUAGUAAAUAAUUUAUUGCUGAAGGAGAAAUCUCAGUGGUACAGUCUUGCAAAUAAAUACUGCAAAAACAA